AUGAGAGUCGUGUGUCAGGCUGCCCAGAAGGUGCGCAAUGAGAGAAGGGAAAAGAGAACCCUCAGAGCGCGAAGAGAAGGCUGCAGUGGUCGUCGCCACUCUCCGAGCUUCAUCACGCUGCCCAAGGAUGACAAGAAGAAGAAAGAUGCCGGAAAGUUGGCCAAAAAAGACAAAGACCCAGUAAAUAAGUCCAGUGGCAAGGCCAAAAAGAAGAAGUGGUCCAAAGGCAAAGUUCGGGACAAGCUCAACAAUCUAGUCCUGUUUGACAAGGCUACAUAUGACAAACUCUGUAAGGAAGUGCCCAACUAUAAACUUAUUACUCCAGCCGUGGUCUCUGAGAGACUGAAGAUUCGUGGUUCCUUGGCCAGGGCAGCUCUUCAGGAGCUCCUUAGUAAAGGGCUUAUCAAGCUGGUCUCAAAGCACAGAGCCCAGGUAAUUUACACCAGAAACACAAAGGGUGGAGAUGCCCCAGCUGCUGGUGAAGAUGAAUGA